AUGAUCUGUUACACAUACUUGGACCCUGAGGGGCUUAGUGCUCUCAGCACAGCAAGACACAGAGAGGUAGGUGAAUUGUUGUUGGCUUGAUUUGGUGAGAUUGAGGUGGUUUAAUACCAACAUGGUGCAAACAUCGUAUAGUUUACUCAGGGUUUAGCAUCCUUUUCAGAGGCCGUCCUUUGAUGAAAUGUCAAUCUGAGCUGUAAAAUCAUAGAACAACUUUUCUCUUAGAUGACCCUAACCCAAUAAGAAUGAGAAGUUGUACAUGUCAGAAAUGUCAGUUACAACCUGUUUUCUCCCUCUUGUCUCUCUAUCUCUUUUUCUUUCUCCCUGUCCUAGCUCCCCAGUUAGAUAUGUCUGUGUGUUUGUAUAGUAGAGAAAUAACCAACAGUGUUUAAUGAAUGACUAUUGAGGUAAAAUAUUAGGGGAAACUCCUGUGGACAAAUGAUAAUGAAAGUGUAUACAUAAAGGACACUUCCUCCUCACUAGUCUUUGUUUGUUUACUGUCAGCAGAACAACAAGUCGGAUAUAAAGGCCAUCACGGCUCGCUUCAGCACGGGGGGAAACUCCACAGAGGGCAUGUCUACAGGACGUCCUAAAGCUGCAGUGCACCCCACCCUGUCCUCUGGUCCCCCCAUCCAGCCUAAGAAACCUGUCCUGGAGACCAGCCUCUCAGGCAGCGCAGCCUCCACCGCGCCCAAACCCAGCUUCAUCAAGAACACUGUCUCCACCAAGAGCGCUCCAGAAGUCAGGGAGUUGCCCAAAAACAAAACGAUCGCUAGUAUGUUUGAAAGUGCCCAAGAGGACAACAAACCCUCUUUUGUCAAACAGUACCCCUUUAAACCCAAACCUCCUGGCCCAGAGUUAUCCCAUGACGCUGAGAUCAAAAGUCCUCUGCCAAAAACCCCUCUCCAGAAGCCCUCUCUGAGCUCGACCCUGUUUGACACCAAGCCUGCCUUCCCCAAACCACCCCUGGUUGUGGCCAAACCCUCCUGGGUCAAAGACAGCAGCCCCAAACCUGACGACAGCGGGGGUACGCCGAACAAAUUACCCCCUUCCAAAAAACCCAUCAGCUCCAUUGCAAAGAUGCGGCUACAGACAGAGGAUAGUGUGGCUGGAGCUGUGGAUUCUACAAUCAAACCGUUCACACCAGGCAAUACCCUCAAGCCCUCAAACUUCAGGACUGCUCAGAAUGCAUUCAAUAGAGGAGACACACUAUCUGAGGAAGGAGUAAAAGAAGUAGCCAAACUCCCCCUCACCUCCAGUGACUCUUGUCCCCCCAAACCUAUAGCCAGCAAGAAACCCAGCAUCACUAAGAAGCCACUGGGCUACGCCUCUCCAGUCGUGGGGGUAAACCCUUCUGUUCUCACCAAUAGCUCCUCUGUCCCCAAAAGGAACCCACUGCCUAAUAUCCUGGCACUGGGGACUGCCCCAGCCAAACCCAACCGGCCUCCUAGGGUCAACUUGGAAAAGUUAAAGAAGGGUACAGCGGCUAGUACCGAUGGUAAGUGUUCUGUCUUUCACUUACCACUAAUAAGCCACAUCAGGAUAAGUCUAUCAGCUGCUAAGAUGCAUCUGCUGUGGUGUUCUAAACAUGCUCCAGUUCUGCAGAUUCACAGGCCUGCACCCAGGCUAGAGUGGUUUCUGUGGUUGUAUGCUCCACUGAUCAGAGACAGGUGGUAGAACACACACACACACAUCAGCUGUGUCAUAGGUUGUCAUCACAACAGAGAGCCAGAUCAGAGGUGUUGAUCUUACAAAACCUUCAUAAAAGCCGUUAUACACAAAAGUAGAAUUCAACGUCAAAAUGUAAAACCAAAGACACAAAUAUUGGCUUCCUCUAUUCAAGUUCCCGCUCUAGUUUCUGUUUUACCUUCCUCCUUUUACAGCUGAUGUUUUGUCCCUAAUUGCGGAGUUCCUCUUUAAACAGGGAUAAAUUCAAGUGAAAGGUUUCCUUUUUUGGAUCCACACGUGAAUAUGGUUUUGACUAAAGAUAGACUUCAGCAUGGUUUGCAUUACUAUAAGUCAGCAGACAGAAGAGGGAUCCUAUGUGAAUUCCACACUCCCUCUGGUGACAAUGUAGUCUUGAGAUGUUGCAGGUACUAUUUAUGAAUUUCUGUAAUGAUUGUUGUCUACAUGCAGGAUGAAAUUCAACAUAUUCAUAUCCAAUGCUUGUUUUCUGCUGGGCACGUCAUAUAGGGACAAUUAUUUUUUUUAUCUCAAACUCUGCUACAUUCCCUUUCAACUACAGAAUAACGUCCAUAGAACACGGAGGACGGAGGUCUUAUUCAAUCACUAGAUUAAUAAUCUGCAAUUGAUUUGAAAAACGUCUUCACUACAUCUGAAAGGGCCAUCUAAAGGUUUGUGUUUUUAUCCUGAAGGUCCUGCUGGGUUUAGGAAGGGAAGUGUUCCCCCACCUCCUGCCUCUCACCCAAGUAACUCCAUGGCCCCACCCCUGCCCUCUAACCCCAUGGCCCCUAGCCUGCCCUCUAACCCCAUGGCCCCUAGCCUGCCACCGCGACCACCAGGAGCCAUGUGAGUAUCAGACUGGGGAAUGUCCUGUGAAAGCCGGACAAUAUUAGACUAGCAUGAUUGGCACUGAAGUACAUACACAAGUAAAAUACACAUAGGCCUGUAGAGGCACAAUGCACUUGCUUCAGAACAUAGAAACAGCAUACAAUCCCAUUCACAAAAAAAAAAUGUUUAUGCACUAGUACUUAUUAUUUCCUUCAGUAACUUUAAAAGUUGAGUACUUGUGUACUGACCUUAUUUUCAUUGUGAUGUGGUGGGUCAUUUUGGCCAAUUGACUGACUUUGUGUCUCUGCCUCCAGAAUCCAACCUGACCCAGAUGAGAACUAUGAUGAUGUGGGGUUAAUGAACAACCCUCCUAGUCAAAGGACUGAGGUGACUCAAAAUAUUUUCACUUUGUUCAAAUGUAAAACCUAUGUUUUUUGUUUGUUUUUGUUUUUACUAACUAUCGCAAUAUAUUCUUACAGUAUUCUGACUACAUAUUUUUCAUCCAAUAGGACAGUGAGAGUGAUGAGGAAAUGUAUGAAGAUCUUGAUAAAAGAUGGUGAGAAAGAUGAUCUUAUAUAAAGGUCCAAUGCAGCCGUUUUGAUCUCAAUAUCAUAUAAUUUCUGAUGUUAAAACGUAUCAUCUUUGUAUCUGUGACAGCUUGGGCAGCGCCAUUUAGGCCAUCUCCUUUUGAAAGUAGUAUUUUUGUAUUUCUACUAUUGUAAAGCUAAUAUUGGUGAUUUACCGCCACCUGCAGUGCUGGAGUCCUGAACCAAAUCUUGUGUGUCAUUCAUUUAUUUUGGCCAUUAGAGAGAUGUUGGUGAUAUGACUUCAAACCAUUUACAAACCAUAGAACCCAAUUUGAAAAAGAAUGCUCUGAUCAUUGGCUGAUCGCUCCCAAACCAUAGGAAUGCCCACCCAGUUGACUACUUUAAAAUGUACAUCUUAGUCAUUUCAGAUGUUCUUAUCCAGAGCGACUUACAAUACAGCAGUGAGUGCAUGCAUGACCCUCAAUGGUGUACAUACAUUGCCUUCAAUGGCAAUGUCCAUGGGUUAUAUGGAUAUAAAAGGGGUUAUAUCCAAGUUGAGUCCUCUAACUACAGUAUCUCUAUGUAUUCCCUCCAGUUUCUAUUCAACUUCUUUUAUUGUACCAAUCUCUGGAAUGAGGAACAGGUUUAAGAUGGACACUGCCGUCUAGUGAGCAUUAACACCACUGACACUUAUUUCUAAUCAGGGGACCAGUGGAAUCAAAGGAACAAGAGAAAAAGCGAGAGAGGGAGGGGAAAAAACAACAGGAGGUGGAAAAGAAAGAACUGAAAGAACGCGAGAGGAAAGAACAAGAGGCCAGAAAGAAAUUCAAAGUGAGUGUUGCACUGCAGAAGCCUGUUGUUCAGUAGUUCCUCUAAGUCUUGUUAUAUUGUAGCUAUCAUGGAGUCCAUCCUGUAUAAUAUUUGUGAAGUGAAUGUGUAUUACGCUGCAUCCUCUAUCAUGUUUUUAUUUAUCCUUAAUGUGGCAGCUGACUGGUCCACUGGAGGUCAUCCACAGGGUCAAAGCCAAAUUGGACAGUAAAGGGAGCAAGACGGACCUGGGCCUGAAGCAGGGAGAGUCUAUUGACAUCAUGCGUGUUUUGGACAACCCAGAGGGCCGCUGGCUGGGAAGGUCACAGGAUGGCUCCUGUAAGUGACAGCUGUCUCCUCCUCCUCCUCCUGCUCUACAUCUCCUUCCUAUUAUUUUGACUUGUCUCCCUCACAUCCAUUUGACUGUUCCCCAUGUGUGAGACUCUAACAUGUGCUCUGUAUAUUUUCAGAUGGCUAUGUGAAGACUGAGUCGGUUGCGAUUGACUUUGACACCCUGAAGCGUCAGGGUGUGUCUAUACCCAGUCAGAUGGAACACGAACCGGAGGUAUAUGAUGAUGUGGACUUUCAUAAUGACCUCAGCAGGUAAAAUGGCCACUGACACUAUCAAAACCUUUGAGACAAUGACCAUUGGAAAGAUAUGAAUACCUUACUAUAGAAAUGUACGGCAUGAAGUCCUUUCACUGUCUUUAGUUUUGACCCUGUGAUUAUGUUCUCCUUAUUCCAGUGGGAUCAAGGGUCCAGGAAGUAAGUUUCAAAUGACCACAACUUAAUAUUGAAACUGAAUAACACAAUGUGGUAAUGUGGUCACAAAUGACUUUAGUUACAUCUACAGUAGUUUCAAUCUUCCUUUUGUCAUUCAUAGUGGUUCUUCCUCCACCACCUGAGGAGGUUGGGGACAUAUAUGAUGAUCUGGACGAUUCAAGCUUCAACGUUAGGUGAGAAUAUCAUGACCUGCUGCACUCUGAUGAUAUAGAUUCAUUGGCAUGCUUUCAUCUGUGAGUGUAUACUUUCUAUACAUGUGUCUGUGUGAGUGUAUGUAAAUAAGUGUGUGUGUGCAGCCCUAGCCCCUCGGACCCCAGAUUGCCUCCUAAACCUCGCGGCCUCUCUUGGGUGUUUAAGGGCUUCGAGGAGUGGAGAAAAGGCCCAGGCAGCAAAAUUGAGUAAUUCUCUCAUUAGUAAGAUGGAUCAGGAAAAAACACUGUCAUUAACUCCUAACCCUAUAACCCAAAAUCUCUAAGAACUAAACAGGAGGGACACUAACUAAUUACUGAAUCAUUUAAUCGAUCUGAAAUCAUUCUUAAAUCAUGAAUAAAAAUACUGUUUUUGUAUGUCCUUCAAUGAAUUAAAGGUCCAAUGCAGCCGUUUUGAUCUCAAUAUCAUAUAAUUUCUGGGUAACAAUUAAGUACCUUACUGUGAUUGUUUUCAAUUAAAAUGGUCAAAAAGAAACAAAAAUUGCUUCUUAGCAAAGAGCAAUUUCUCAAGCAAGAAUUUUGCUAGAACUGUCAGGAAGUGGUCUGAGUGGGGAGGGGGAACACUGAAAACUAGCUGUUAUUGGUAGAGAGGUUUGGAACUCUUUCUUAUUGGUCUAUUAACUCAUUUGCUGCAAAAACUCCAUCCCACCAAAACAGGCUGAAAUUUCAGGCGGCCUUUUCAAACAGCUCUUACACUAAAGUGGCAUUAUCAUCAUUUUCACAAUUUCAAGGUAUUAUUCCAGCCUCAUAGGAAAUAUAUAUACAACACAGUACAAUCACAUUUUUGACUGCACUUGGCCUUUAACAACCUUUUCAUUCUGUCUAUACAUCUAUAUGCACUCACAAUGUUCUAUGUACAGGUGUCAGAAAAUCAUUCUAAUCAUAGUGUAAUUGGUGUUAUUUGUUGACUUUCUGUGUGGUUGUUAAAUUAUCUGUAUUGAUUCAUGUCUGUUUGAUAAAAAUGUACCUACAGCACAAGCAAUCAACCAGACAUAACAUGGACUAAGAUUUUAAUUCAGUUUUUGUCAUUUUCAGAGUACGUCCACCUUCCCAGUUUGAUCAGGAAGGAAAUACUGGUAAAGUAUUAUGUUUAAUAUCCAGUGUGACUAUGUGUGCUCUGUGUCAGUGGCAUUAUAAAAACUGAAGAAUAGAAGUUUGAGAAGUACUGUUUACUUCACUUACAUUUUCAAUAUGUUCUUGCUAUUCUUUCUUUGUAUCUCUUGCUAUUAUAGAACAAUCUGCUGAGGUCAUUGAUGAGGAAAUCUAUGAUGAUGUGGAUGUCACUAACUUCCCUCCGACUCCACCUAUCAGCAGGUAAUGAGAGAGAGAGAAAAAUAGACCCAUGGUUAAACAGAGUUGUUGUAAUGACAUAAGAAUCUCCUCAUCCCCUACUGGGAAACAUUUUGAUAAUGUCCAAUUUGUUCUCUUUUCAGUCUCCCACGAAGUAAAACCAAGGAUAAGGCUGAGGACAAAGAUCCUAAAAAGCUAAAGAAAUUUGAGAAGGAAGAGAAGGAUUUCAGAAAGAAGUUCAAGGUAAAUUGUAUAUUAUCACAAUUUACAUUGAUCAUUUUACAUUUUGUGUAUUUGUUUGACCCUCAAUCCUGACCUCUCCCACCUAUAGCAUGAUCGGGAGAUCCAGGUAUUGUAUCAGGUGACCAUCGUUUCCACCUUGGCCAAUAAGAAGUGGAGCAGUAAGGAUCUGCCGUUGAGACCUGGGGAGACUGUGGAUGUCAUCGUUAAGCCUGUAGACAACAAGCUCAUCUGCAGGAACGAGGAGGGCAAGUGUGAGUAACAAUGAAUCCUCAGUAUGAAACAUAGUCAUUCUGCAAGAAAAAUUGUUUUGCAAGGGGGCUUACUUUAAUAAUCUCCACCUCUCCCUAUCUCUCUCUCCAUUAGUUGGCUAUGUCUUGACCAGCCAUAUUGUAGUAGAGUAAGUACAACACAAAAACAGAUCAUACAAAAACACAUCCAUAAAUACACAUCAUCUAAAGUAUGUUAUUAGCCAGUUCACUAAACUGCAGAGAAAAUGCUUGGAUAUGAAAUGCCCUGAAUUGGAUAUCAAUUAUCUGUUUUGCUUUUACAGAGAUUCUGAUAUCUAUGAUGACAUUGGUGAUGGUACGUUUCAGACUUUUGACAUGCAAUAAUGGCAUGUAACAAUGUGUAUCAUACAAGAGGCUGAAUCAGAAGAUCAAGUGAACAACUAUAUCAAUUUUAUUCUUGCAAUAUGUUGCUGAUAUGUUUUUCAUGCCAGAGAACAUUUUUCACAAAUUUCUGUCAUUUCUAGUAGCCUAAUAAUUCAAAUUUCUUUGCAGAUUGCAUCUAUGACAACGACUGAACACUGUCUACAAUGUGAUGCCGAUAUCUUGUAUUUUGGUUUGUUUCUUGUUUUAUAUCAAUAAUCUUUAUCUUAUUUAUUGUGGUUAUUUUGGGGUGACAUUACAUUUUCAUUCAAGAACAAUACAGUCUCUUUCUCAAUGUUUUACCUUUAUGAAUAACUGUGACUUUGCAAUGUAUAGGCCUAAAUUACAUACAAUGUUACAUUUUUAUAUUGAACCUAUGGGUUACAUAACAUGACUUAAUCACAUUGAAUGCUUAUUCUAUAUCCAACAAGACACAUUACACACUGAUUGACAACAAAGGUGCGACGAUGAUGAUGAUGAUCAACUUAAAUACUCAUCAUAAAUUAAUUUACUAUGUGAUGCCAAAUAAAGCAUGUCAGAUCAGUUGUCAUAGUUGGCUGGUUCUCACCUGACAGGUGUGUUACUUAUGUCAUAUUGUACUGAAAGUCAGAGUCCAUGA